AUGGCCUCAACUAAAUUGUCCGUCUUUCUUCCUCUCCUAGUGACGCUACUACUGGCAGCAUUAUUAUCAAUAGGGGUGAAAAUAUGUGUAAUUAUCGGUCUAUCACUGACCCACCUCCACUUCUACUGGUCAAACUUCCAACGUGCGCCCACGGCCGUGAGCGUCGCCCCGAUCCUCAACAACGCGACUUUCUACGGCGCCGUGACCAUCAACGACGAUACGCUGACGUUGGGCCCUGACCCAGAUAAUUCGACGUCCGUGGGGAAAGCCCGUGGGCUUUACCAUUUCCCUUCGAACACGACCAGCUUCGUCUACGAGAUGAUAUACAGCUUCGCCUUCACUUACGGAGACUACAACGGCAGCUCACUCUCCCUUCUGGGUUCCGUCUUCCCGUCACUGUCGGGAACCGCCAGCGAGCUCACGGUCGCCGGCGGCACGGGCGUGUUCCGCUUCGCACGUGGAUACGCCGUCCUGAAAUUCGCCUCGGGUGAUCCGAAACGCAGCUUGCUCGUCAACGAGCUUGACGUCUACGUUUCCCAUUACUAG